UUGUUGGACUCCAUGUCUGCUCUGGGAGACCUGGGCUGGGAGGCAUACCCUGCAGAGGGGUGGGAGGAGAUCAGUGUGAUGGAUGAGAGGAACACUCCCAUGCGUACCUACCAGGUGUGUAACGUGAUGGAGGCCAGUCAGAAUAACUGGCUGAGGACGCGACACAUCGCCCGCGACGGAGCCCAGCGGGUCUACAUCGAGAUCAAGUUCACCCUCCGAGACUGUAACAGCCUGCCUGGAGUACCUGGCACCUGCAAAGAGACUUUCAACAUGUUCUACUAUGAGUCUAACAACGCCAACUUGUGGUUCAUCAAGGAGAGUCAGUACAUCAAGAUCGACACCAUCGCUGCUGAUGAGAGCUUCACACAGGUGGAUGUGGGAGAUCGUGUGAUGAAACUCAACACAGAGGUCCGUGACAUCAGUAGCCUGAGUAAGAAGGGGUUCUACCUGGCCUUCCAGGACCUGGGGGCCUGCAUCGCUCUGGUCUCUGUCAGGAUCUUCUACAAGAAGUGUCCCCUCACCGUGCUCAACCUGGCCCAGUUCCCCGACACCGUCACGGGGGGCGACUCAGCCCUGGUGGAAGUGCGAGGGGUGUGUGUGAACGCCUCCCAGGAGUUUGAGACUCCAAGGAUGUACUGUAGCGCGGACGGGAGCUGGCUGGUGCCCAUCGGGAGGUGUGUGUGCGAGCCAGGGUACGAGGAGCAUAAGGAUGGCUGCCAACCGUGCAGACCAGGCUCCUACAAGGCCUCGGCGACCGACGCCUACUGCACAAAAUGCCCGCCACAUAGCUCCUCCCACCUGGAGAGAGCCUCCGAGUGUGUGUGUGAGAAAGGCUUCCACCGCACAGAGACGGACCCACGCUCCAUGGCUUGCACACGUCCCUGUUCUGCUCCAGAGAACCCCAUCUCCACUGUCAACGAGACGUGUGUCACACUAGAAUGGAGUCCCCCUCUUGACAUGGGAGGCCGAGGUGACAUCACCUACAGCCUCCACUGCAGGAAGUGCUCCGGCGACGGCAGGAAGUACACGCCCUGCGGUAACGGCGUACAUUUUGUGCCGAGGCAGUUUGGUCUCUCUGUGGCUCUGGUGAUGGUCACUGACCUGCAGCCACACAGCAAUUACAGCUUCACCAUUGAGAGCCUGAAUGGAGUUUCUGACCUGAGUCCUACACCCAGAGGAGCUGUGAUAGUUAAUGUCACCACCAGCCAGACAGUGAGUGUGGUCCUGAAGGAGAGGAGGAGUAAGGACAGUAUCACUCUGGCGUGGCAGGGCCCUGACAGACCCAAUGGAGCCAUAGUGGAGUAUGAAGUCAUUUAUUAUGAGAAGAACCAGAGAGAGCAGAACUACACAGUCCUAAAGACCAGGUCCAAUGUGAUGACUGUAGACGGUCUUAAGCCUGGUACUACAUAUGUGUUCCGUGUCCGAGCUAGAACCGACGGGGGAUACGGCAACUACGGAGGAGAGAUAGAACUGGAGACCAGCCACGAAGACAUGUUGGCCAUAGGAGACCCUAACCAGUCUACUAUCCUGGCUGUGUCCAUCACUGGAGGCAUCGUACUGCUCAUCUUCCUGGUGGCCUGCUUUGUUGUCAGUGGCAGACACUGUGGAUACAUCAAAGCCAAGCAGGACCCUGACGAAGAGAAGCUGCAGUUCCAACAUGGAAGAGUCAAACUUCCUGGCAGUAAGAUAUAUAUCCAUCCACACACCUAUGAGGAUCCUAACCAGGCGGUCAGAGACUUUGCCAAAGAGAUUGAUGCUUCCAGCAUCAGCAUAGAGAGAGUCAUCGGAGCGGGUGAGUUUGGGGAGGUGUGUAGUGGUUGUCUGCGGCUCCAGGGGAAGAGAGAGAUCUACGUGGCCAUAAAGAGUCUGAAGGCAGGAUACGCUGACAAACAGAGGCGGGACUUCCUCUCUGAGGCCAGCAUCAUGGGACAGUUCGACCACCCAAACAUCAUCAGACUGGAGGGUGUGGUCACACGAUAUAAGCCAGUGAUGAUCAUCACAGAAUUUAUGGAGAAUGGAUCCCUGGAUACCUUCCUCAAGAAACAAGAUGGUCAGUUCACAGUGAUCCAGCUGGUGGGCAUGCUGCGUGGCAUUGCGUCGGGCAUGAAGUACCUGUCUGACAUGAGCUACGUUCACCGAGACCUGGCCGCGCGCAACAUCUUGGUCAACAGCAACCUUGUGUGUAAGGUGUCUGACUUUGGCCUGUCACGAGUACUGGAGGACGACCCUGAGGCAGCAUACACCACCCAGGGAGGGAAGAUCCCCAUCCGAUGGACGUCUCCAGAGGCUAUUGCCUACAGGAAGUUCACGUCAGCCAGUGAUGUGUGGAGCUACGGCAUCGUCAUGUGGGAGGUGGUCUCAUAUGGAGAGAGACCCUACUGGGAGAUGUCCAACCAGGAUGUGAUCAAAGCGAUAGAUGAGGGUUACCGUCUUCCGGCCCCUAUGGACUGUCCUGUGGUCCUCCACCAGCUGAUGUUGGACUGUUGGGAGAAGGGCCGCAGCGAACGGCCUAAGUUUGGCCAGAUCGUCACCACCCUGGAUAAGCUGAUCAGAGAUCCAGCCAGCCUCCGAGAGCUGGCCAACAGCUCAUUAUGGGAAGACCCGACCACUCCAGAGUUCAGUGUGAGUACGAUGGAGGAGUGGCUGGAUGCCAUCAAGAUGGGACAGUACAAGGGGAACUUCACCAGCGCUGGAUACGUCACCCUGGACUCUGUCCUCUACAUCAGCAUCAGUGAGCUCGUUAAGAUGGAUGUGACCUUGGCGGGUCACCAGAAGAAGAUCAUCUCCAGUGUCCAGAUCCUUCAGUCCCAGGGGACCCACGUCCAAGUAUAA